UAAACUCUUCACCGGAAAAAAAAAAUGGAAGACGACGGUUAUUACCUCGAAACCGAUCUCGAUUUCAGCUUCACCUCCACCACCACCGACCGCACAUUCACCUCCUCAAGCGCCCGCUCCAGUCUCGCUCGCUCAAGCCUCACCUUAAGCUUCAACGACAGACUCUCCACCGCCACAACACCUUCCACCACCACCUCCUCCGCCGCGACGACUCUCCACCACCGCCGCCAAGAUCCUCACUGGACGGCAAUCAGAGCCGCGACAACACUCUCCUCCGACAGACGCCUCCACCUCCGCCACCUGAAACUCGUCCGCCACCUCGGAACCGGAAACCUCGGCCGCGUAUUCCUCUGCCACCUCCGCGACUGCCCGACCCCCACCGUGUUCGCGCUCAAAGUCAUCGACCGCGACGUUCUCACCGCCAAGAAGCUCUCGCACGUGCAGACGGAGGCGGAGAUCCUCUCCAUGCUAGACCACCCGUUCUUGCCUACUCUCUACGCGCGCAUCGACGCUUCUCACUACACUUGCCUCCUCAUUGAUUACUGCCCCAACGGUGACUUGCAUUCCUUGCUACGUAAGCAACCUGGCAACCGGUUACCGGUUUCGUCGGUUAGAUUCUUCGCCUCCGAAGUCCUCGUGGCCUUGGAGUAUCUCCACGCUCUCGGCAUCGUGUACCGAGAUCUCAAACCGGAGAACAUCUUGAUCCGCGGAGACGGACACAUCAUGCUCUCCGAUUUCGACCUCUGCUUCAAAGCCGAAGUCGUUCCGACUUUCCGAUCUCGGAGGUUCCGGAGAGUUUCGACUCCGCCGUCAUCUCCGAGGAGGAGGAGGAGGAGGGGCGGCGGUUGCUUCUCCGCGGAGUCGACGUACGAGAGGGAGGAGAUAGUGGCGGAGUUCGCGGCGGAGCCAGUGACGGCGUUUUCUAAGUCGUGCGUUGGGACUCACGAGUAUCUAGCGCCGGAGCUCGUCGCCGGGAACGGACACGGGAGCGGGGUAGACUGGUGGGCGUUUGGGAUCUUUCUCUACGAGAUGUUACACGGGACGACGCCGUUUCGAGGGGAGACUAAAGAACAGACCCUGCGCAAGAUAGCGUCGAGCGAUGACGUGGCGUUUCCGUUGGAGUUAUUGGAGGGAGAAGGGAUGAGAGAAGCGAAGGAUUUGAUCCAGAAGCUGUUGGUGAAGGAUCCGACGAAGAGGCUAGGAUGCGCCAGGGGUGCGCAGGAUAUCAAAAGGCAUCCGUUUUUCGAAGGGAUCAAGUGGCCGUUGAUUAGAAACUAUAAGCCGCCGGAGAUUCGUGGUCUUGUGAAGAAGUCGACGAAGGCACAUGCUGGUCACGUGACUGGUGUGUCAUCGCCACGUAGGAGGAAGUGGUUGUGGUGGACCUUGUCCAAUUUACUGCGGAGUAAAAGGUCGAACAGUAAGAUUCAGAGCAACAAUAACUCCUAUCAUUACGUGGGUAAAAGCUAUAACGCGAGUCACAAACGCGUUUAAGGCGUUUCCCUUUAAAAAAUAUCAUAUAGGUAGAAAAGUGUGGAUGGAGGAGGUAUACAAUGGAUAGCGCAAAUUAGCAAGCCUGAUCAUUUUGGAUUUUACACAAUUGUAGCUCAUUUUCUAUGAAAUCCAUACAUGAAGUUUUGAAAACCAAUUGUCUUUCUAUUUAUGAUUUGUCCCUAUGUUUGUCUUGCAUAGUUUUAACCCACAAGUAGAGCAAAAACUCUAAAGCUUUAUUGAUUACUGGGCCGUUAAUCCAUUAGCCCAUUAUGACUCUGCGAUUAGAAAGUCUGAUGGUU